GGCUCGGCUCGGCUCGGCUCGGCUCGGCUCAUCUCUGCCCCGCUCGGUUCGGCUCAUCUCUGCCCGGCUCCGCUCGGCCCGGCCCGGCCAUGGUGGAGCGCUCGGACGAGGCGCCGCUGCUGUUCUGGGCCGAGGGCCCCGCCGUGUCGGCGCCGCCGCCCGCGGCCGAGCCGGGCAGCAGCGGCGGCGGCGGGCGGCGGCUCGGCGGCGGCUGGAGCGCGGCUCCGUGGGACGGCGAGGGGCCGGCGGAGGCGGCGGGGCCGCCGCGGGCCGAGGCGGAGGAGGACCAGAUCGUGGCCGUCUUCGUGGUCACCUUCGACCCCCGCACGGGCAACAUGGUGGAAUGGUGUUUACCCCAGGAUAUAGAUUUGGAAGGUGUGGAAUUCAAAUCCAUGGCAAGCGGGUCCCACAAAAUCCAGUCAGAUUUCAUUUAUUUCCGGAAAGGGCUCUGUUUUGGCCUGGCCUGCUUUGCCAACAUGCCUGUGGAGAGUGAGUUAGAGCGUGGUGCCCGCAUGAAGUCCGUGGGCAUCCUCUCCCCUUCCUACACGCUGCUGUAUAGGUACAUGCACUUCCUGGAGAACCAGGUCAGACACCAGCUGGAAAUGCCAGGGCACUACUCCCAUUUAGAGGCAUUCUAUGAUGACAAGAAAGGAGUUCUCCCUGAUAGCAAGGGCACGCCCAGCUCUCAGCAACCUGUCCACUGGCUGCCUUCCAUCCACAGAUACAUGUACCCAGAGAUGAAGAUCACACACCCUGCUGGCUGUAUGUCUCAGUUCAUAAAAUUCUUUGGUGAGCAGAUCCUCGUCCUCUGGAAGUUUGCCCUGCUGCGCAAGCGCAUAUUGAUAUUUUCACCACCCCCAGUUGGAGUUGUCUGCUAUAGAGUGUAUUGCUGCUGUUGCCUUGCAAAUGUUUCUCUGCCUGGUCUUGGAGGAACUGUCCCAGAGUCCAAACCAUUCUUCUAUGUGAAUGUGGCAGACAUAGAAAUGCUGGAGACAGAAGUAUCAUACGUGGCCUGUACAACAGAAAAGAUCUUUGAGCAGAAACGGGAUCUCUAUGAUGUCUAUGUGGACAACCAGAAUGUGAAGACGCAUCACGAACAUCUGCAACCACUCCUGAAAAUUAACAAUGCUGACAAGGAGAAGUACCGACGGCUCAAUGACCAAAGGCAGAUGUUAAUGUAUUCUCAAGAAGUGGGUGAGGACUGCAGCUCCUGUGAAGAGGACCUUUUCAUCUUGUUUUUCAUGGAGCAGAACAACCGCAUAUUCCAGACGCUGAUGGAAGUGUCAGCCAGCCAGGACAAGACACUGACAGCUGACCACGCACGAGGCAUGGGCCUGGAUCCCCAGGGGGAUCGAAGUUUCCUCAUGGACCUCCUGGAAGUGUAUGGCAUUGAUGUUAUGCUAGUCAUUGACAACCCCUGCUGCACUUAAACCAAGGGCAAGAGAGAUGGGGAGCAAAGAUCACUUUUUAAAGACUACCGGACAUUGCUUAGGAGGAUCACUGGAACUCACCACAGCCACAGUUAUUUAAUAACUUUAUAUGGAGAGUAUUUAUAAUUUUAAAACAAAAUGUGAUUUUAUUUUCUCACACUCAGCUUCUCAGUGAGUACCUGCUCUAAGGUUCCUUUUGGUUUUGUCUCCCUUUCCCUUUCAUUUGUGUUUUUUGUUUUGAUUAGCCAGGACCAGUGCACCUUUGCACCAAACCUCACUGUUGCCAGUGAUAGCUAGGUUUUGGCCUAGCCUGGAUACCUGAGCCCUGAAGACUUCAGGAAAGCACUUUGUUUGAUGACAACCAAUGUGAAAUGCUAUAGCCAAGCUUUCAGACUUGGCUGGAAAAUCCUCCUAUCAACUCCCCCUUCCACCUGGGGACUGAAGAGGGCUUCAGCACAAGCUGUUAAUGGCCCAAUCUCAUAAAUAGCUCCUACCAAGUUUAUUGGUGGGGACAGUUAAACCAAUGGUAAGAACCAGGACUCGUUUAAACACUCCUCACCCAACUUUAAGGUGAAUUGGAGUCAAGCCACCCUUCCUUGUAAAUGGCAGAAGCAAGUUUGGGAUUGGGGAUUUUACAGGAUCUUACGACUUUGCUUACUGGAGCAGCACGGCUUCACUUCUGGCAUCUGAGGUGGUCUAAAAUAGCAGAGAUUGCACCUACCUAUCUCAGCUGGAGAAGAGCACCCUCUCUCCUCAAUCCACCCCACCACCCCCUUUGGCUUUUAGUUGCAUCAGACCUGCUGCUUUGGUUUAAAAUUUUCAAACCAGCAAGAUGGUCACCCAUUUAACAGGGACCAACACCACUGAGCCACUUUGCAGUCACUUUGUUGUCCAGCCUCAGCUUGGACCAUGCUGGGCUGGAUGGGGUAGAACAAGUAUGCUUUAACUAAUGUCACUAGCCCUUCCUUUGUAGCUGAUGGGACUUGUUGCUCCUUUGCUUUAACACUGUCUGCUAAUCCUCCUUUUGUUGAGCCUUCAGCACUGCCUGCUGCUAUCCCUGGCUUUCUGUGUGAGACAAAGAACAGACCUUUCAACUGGAACAACUGAAGUUUGCAGGACAUUCCCUUGGAGUUUGGUAUUCUAAACUGGCACAGUUGCUAGAAGCAGUGUUUAAAAGCAAAUCUGUCUUUUUUCCUGAGUAGAGCUAUAGAACCAGAUGAAACAGAUGUUUUCUUAUGCUGUGGAAAGAAUAGGAUUCAAUUCCUGAAGGACUAGUCAUUACCUCCAGGAAGGCUAUCCCAGUAAAGAGUAAUCCCUUUGCCACACAAAAGCCAAGAAUCGUACCUGGAGGUGUGACUUAAAGCUCUGCCCCAAAUCCUUCAACCAGCAGCAAUAUCAGCUUUUAACUGACUGUUCUUCCUGAACUGUGGCUAUAGCUGAUUAGUUGCUGUUUCUAUCAUUACAUAUUUCAGCACCCUUAGAGGCUUUUUUGCAUUGUAGGAAUCCAAACUGUAGCUGAUGUAUCCAUUUGUCCUAAUCUUUUAUAGAAUGAGACAGAGCCUGAACCACCAAGAUCUCACCCACUCUAAAGCAGGCAAGCACCUUUUUGAAACAGGUGAAGCAAAUGUUCUCCAAAAAUAUCCUCUGUGGAUUGUCACCCUCUGGAAAGGAGGAGGCAAUUUUCCUGCCAUUUUCCUGUCUCCAAGCAGUCACUCCCCUGAUUGCUUUUUCAAGGCUUUGGGAUGUUUUCGUAAAGAAGAAAAUAUGCUGUUGUUCAUACUGUCAAUUGCUCACAACAACUGUAACAUCAUCAUCCUUAGAAUGUAGGGGGAAAAAAUGUAGGAAGAGGUAAAAACAGCUGAGUAUAAUUUAAUGGAAAGACCAAUCUCUUCCUUAAGAAAUGGCUUUGCUUUUAAAUUCACACCUUCAGUAUAAAAGUGGCCCACAACUUCCACACUUUUUUCCUCUAACUUCCACUACAGUUUUAACAUGCUGCCUUGCAGAGACGAUCCCUGAGGAAUCAGGGCAGCUGAGCUGCCCUUGUAUUGCUGUCACUUCUUCAGACAUCAAAAGAGAAAAACAGAACCAAAACUAGUCUCUAGCAAUUUAUCCUCUCUUUCUUGAAGGUUUGCUACAUAGUUUAGCUGUGGUCAGUUGUUAAUGAAUUUCUAUUUUCUUUAUUUCUUUUGCUAAACUAAACAAAAACAAACCUUUGGUUUGCUGAAAUUUUACAGUCAGUGCAGUCAGAGGCUAACACUCUGCAUUAGAGCACUGUUGUUUAAAGCUGUUGGAACAUGAGGUCUAGUAGGACAGCACUGACAUAGCCCCUUCCUUAAGCAGAAGCUCCUGAAAUUUCUAUUUGACAUUUAUUAAACCUCUGCUUUCCAGAAAUCAGGUCCUCAGUUGUUAGCAGUAGUAUGGGUGCAGAAGCAUCAAAGCAAGCAGAUUACUGUAGCAGCACCCAUGUGCUACAUCCAGUUGGAUGGUUGCAGCCUAUCUUGUUCUUCCUUGUAAUUUUGCUUCUCUGUCAAUGCUCUCUUGGCAGGCAACUGCUACAAAAGUCAGAAGCUGUCUGACAGAAAACAGAGCAAGAUGACUUUUCUCUCCUAAGCCUUCCAUAUUCGAUUAGCUGCAGAAGUGCUUCCACCUGCACUCCUUUUCUAAAAGAUACUGCUUUUGUCACAUGUGAAAAGUUCUCGAGAAACGGGUACAUAAUAGAAAAAAAAUUGUUAUAGCUUGGGGCAUGAAGGACUGUUCUGUGGAACCAGUUUAACUGAGUCAUAUCUUUCCAGAAGAUACUAUAAUUCAAUGUAGAACAGUUAUGUACAGAUAUUCAAAAUCCCCUCCUGGGCAUUCAAUUGGUGCUUUGUUGCAUACUAGCAGUUGGGAGACAUCUACUGGGUAUGUUUUGAAUCAAAAGAGGGAGGAAAAUGUGGCAUAAGGUAGGAUAUUGCUGAUUUGUCUUCUCCCUUUGACUUUACAGUGGUGCCUUCAGUUUCUUGGGUGUAAUGCCUCUGGUCAGUUGCUGUGAUCAGAGCCAAGGUUUGAAUGGUGGUUACAGUAACCAGCUCUAUGCUGCGGACCUGUGUAUUCUCCAAAACUCAAAUUAUUGGAUAGCCAGGCAGGUUCUCAGCUUGUACUUGCUUGACUUUAACCAGGAGAACAAGAGCUUUUUAACUGCAUCUUAACUUGAGAUGCACUAGAAAUGUAUAAUCAAGCAAUGAAUUUUUACUGCUUGUACUAUCUGCAUUGAAGGGUAAAGCUUAUGAGAGACAUAUAAGCUCAGUUCAGUUUGAACAAGCAAUACCAUGCCAGACAUCUUAAUCAUCCAGAAGUCUUCUCACAGCAAGGUUAGGCCAAGCUGCUUAGAGCCAAUAAAGAACUAUAAUGGAUACUAGGAGAAAGGCACUUGAUGGAAUCAGAAUUCAGAUUUGUCUUACAGACAUGCUACUACCUUAUUUUCUAGGAUACAUGAGGUACUUACUGCAGUGUGUCUUACAGCCAAUGGUUGUGACUGUCACAGGAGCUGAGCUUGCCUGUCCCCAUCCUUCUGGGCAGAAGUUCCAUCACCUUUUCAAGAGGAAGUAGCUCCCUGUACAGGUUAUUCAGUAAACCAGGGUUAUGGUGAUAGCCCAUUUUAACAGCUGUCAAAGUUAAUGAGCAAAAAAUUGGCAGUAGCUGUGGCCCUCCUGGCCACAGACUGUGCAAGGGACAGGCAAGCUUCUUUCAGGGAGGUGGAAAGAGUGGCUCCUGGAAUAGUAGGGCAAGAGCACUCUAUCCAAAAGCAAAAUUCUAGGUACAAAGCAUGCACACGAACCCAAACUCUCAUCCUAGCCAUUACUUCUACGUUAGUUGCUGUCUUCUUCCCACUUUCCCAAAACCAGUGGUGUAGUGAUUAUGAGAAAAGACAGCAUAAAUGUCUUUUACAAGGGACUGGAAUGUAUUGAUUUAACAGUGUGGUCUGUCUAAAGCUGAGGGUACUAAAUGCCUGUGAACCAGGAUUUUAGACCUUGGUUAAUGCAACAUGUCAUUCAAAUGGGAAUGCUUAAAUGUGGUCAAAAUAAACAGGUGCCUUGAGCUGGUCCAUGAUUAGAUUGUUAUCCUUCCUUUUUAUCUAUGUUACAGUAUUUUAAGCCCUUCUAGAGUUGAAGCCAGGUUAAGUGUUUUCAUGAGUGGGACCUAGAAUUUUACUCCUCCUUCCUGUCUGGGAGUUUGUACAAAGGAAGAUUUUUGUGUUGCUGUCAGACAGAAACAUGAGAACCAAGUUCUUUCCUCAACAUUUUACAUAGCAGGUUCAGCCCCUGCCUAUUUUAUGUAGUGUCUCACACCUCCCUUGAGAAUGUUGCAAUUCAGAGGUCUAGAAUUACCCUAUACUGGAAGAACUCUGAGCUGCAGAGGAAGGAGAAAAACUACUUGAAUGGUAUUUGUACAAGCUACUCAACUUAUGCUGAUAUGAAUAUUUAAAUACCAGCCUGUGUCUCGAAUGAUCCUUGGUACUUCAACAUCAGCAAUACCAAUUCUAAAGGGAUCUCUUGGUUACCCUCAAGCAAGGAAUCACAUUGCAUUGGGAGCUAUGGAAGAGAACUAGUGAUUUUCCCUGUAAAAUGGUACAGAUGAACAAGGAGCCAGUUCUCACCAUCUCAUCCCUUGCAGCAGGCUGAGUGUAAUUGUAACAGCUCUGAUGUUGUUUGCAUCUUGCAGAUGUGUGGUUGCUCCCAUAGGCCUGUGGCUCUGUAGAGAAACUGCUUACUAAAAACAUGGGUAUUUUUCAAUACAAUUAAAGCUUACCUUUUUGAAAUGGC